AUGGAGAAUGCUAGCCAUAAUGAUGAUUCAUGGGACUCCUGGGUAGACAAGGCAGUUGCAAAGCUUCAGUCUUUAAAACUACUUCGAUCUUUAAGACCCAUUAAUCUUUCCACUGAACAUGACAAAAACUUUGAAGAUGAUUAUCAGGUGUUCGAUGAAAUGCAGCCUUGGGAUCGAACCUCUGUUGAAAUCUCUAUUUCAGAACCCACAUUUCAUAAGUGGGUCCUUGACAUUCCCAGUUCUGGAGAUGAGGAUGUUUCUAGAAAUGGAGUGACUGAUCAUAAAAAAGCUAAUGGGAAGUUCAAGAAACUGCUUUUGUUCUCUGGAAAUGAUUAUUUGGGCUUGAGUUCACAUCCCACUAUUUCCAGGGCUGUUGCAAAGGCAGCACAAGAACAUGGAAUGGGACCUAGAGGGUUCGCUGCCAAUAUGGCAGUGAUGGUAGCUCUUGGAAACAUUGUCUCUCUUUUGGCUGCAGCUGAAAAACCUAUGAAGGAGGAUAGGAUUGCCAUAUUUUCUGAUGCACUGAAUCAUGCUUCAAUAAUUGAUGGUAUUCGUCUUGCUGAACGACAACAGACUGUUGAUGUGUAUGUUUAUAGGCACUGCGAUAUGUCCCACCUUAGUUCAUUGUUCUUAUUUAGCAUGGAUGGAGACUUUGCACCAAUGAUUGAGCUUGUGAAUCUUCGCAAGAGACAUGGCUUUUUGUUAGUCAUUGAUGAUGCUCAUGGAACUUUUGUAUGUGGGAAACAUGGUGGGGGAGUGGCUGAGGAAUUCAAUUGUGAUCGUCAAGUUGACAUAUGCAUUGGAACUCUGAGUAAAGCUGCUGGUUGCCAUGGCGGAUUUAUAGCAUGCAGGUACUUGUGGAGAACAAUAUGGAAGCAACUCAUACAAUCAAGGGGCCGCUCAUUUAUAUUUUCAACUUCUUCACCAGUCCCUAUUGCUGCUGCUGCGCAUGCUGCUGUUAUUGUUGGAAAAAGGAAGCGUGGCGCAGAAAGGAAAUUUGGAACAGGGUGCAAGACUUUCGGGCUCUUACUGGAAUUCCCAUCAAGACUGCACUAUCCUGUUGCAUCAACUUUCAAGAUAUUGGUAUCUGCGACUCAAGGGUAUCUACUAGAAUCUAGAAAUUAUCCUAACUCUUCAUUUCUGACCAAGGAUGAUUGA